GAUUUCUCUGAAAUUUAUGGUGGCUGUGAUUGGUACGUAACAUUUUUGUAACUUAAGCCUCCUAACGCCCCUUUUUUCCCGGACAUUAAUAUUUCUGUUUUGAACAACCUACCAAAUUUGAAAAGAAGUCAGUACUAAACAGUCUACAGCAUUGUUAAUAAUGCUAGAUAAAUCAAAAUGCAUAUUUUUCAUAGAUACUUAGUAAUUUUUAUUAAUGUGUACACAGCGAGUGUUAUAGCAGAUGUUAAUAUAAAAGAACGGCCCAGGCUAUACACCAUUAAUGGAAAUUUACAUAUCGACGUGCCAGAAAGCAAGAAUAUAAAAUUUGGAUCUUCCAGCUUCCUAGUAAAUGAAAUUGAUGUCCUGCCAAUUAUACAAAAAGCGGACAAUGCCACAAAAUUUAUCGAUAUGUAUGGAUCCUUGGUGUCUGGAUAUCAAACGCAACUAGACGAUGUAAAUAGCAAAAUAAGUCUUUUAAUGAGUGGGUCCAGUGGAGGCAUCAAUAACCGCUCAAAAAGUCUGGAUUUAGCAUCUCUAGAUCUAAAGAUAACGAGAAUUCGAAGAGCUUUAACAGCGUUGAGGCGAAGCUUCAACAAUCUUCAAACGAGCCUAUACAAAGACGAAUGUUCUAGUAACCCUUGCAAGCACGGAGGAACCUGUUUGGAUUUGUAUAAAAAUUUCUUUUGUCAGUGUCCAGAUGGAUGGGAGGGUACCACUUGCGAACAAGACACAAACGAAUGUUUUAGAUUUGUUGGAACUGAUCUAGGUUGCCAGAAUGGUGGAACAUGCGAAAAUUUACCUGGUUCAUAUCGGUGCUUGUGUCAAAACGGAUGGAUAGGAAUACAUUGUAACCGAAAACCAACAGAUUGUAAUUCGGGAGGUAGUGAAAUAUGUGGUCAUGGUACGUGUAUACCACAAAAUAACGACGUAGGGUACAAAUGUCUUUGUGACGCGGGGUGGACAACUGAUGGGGUUCAUAAAGCUUGCAAUAUGGACGUAGAUGAAUGCAAAAGUAACCAUCCUCCAUGUUCGACAAACCCGUUGGUUCUUUGCACUAAUGUUCCUGGUUCUUUUAUGUGCCAACAUUGUCCACCAGGAUAUACUGGAAAUGGUUAUUAUUGCGCAGAUAUCAAUGAAUGCGAGAUAUUAAAUGGAGGGUGUAGCAUAUCUCCUUACGUAGAAUGUAUAAAUACACCUGGUUCUAGUAAAUGUUCCAUAUGCCCACCUGGUUACUUAGGUGAUGGAAGAAUUUGUACCUACAAAGGUCUCUGUAAUGUAAAUAACGGAGGCUGUCAUGUCCUAGCUCGGUGUAUAGAUAACGCUGGAACUAUGGGUACCCCCGUCCAGUGCCUUUGUCCUCCAGGAUACCUUGGUUCCGGAAUAGGUGUUCGAGGUUGCACCAAGAAUGGAAAUCCUUGCUCCCCAAAUCCAUGCGCUCAUGGAAACUGCGCACCAAAUAAUUCCUCAAUAGGAUUUCAAUGCGUUUGUGAAAAUAAAUAUUUCGGGACUUACUGUGAUCAGUACGAUAAUCCUUGUGCGUCCAGUCCUUGCCUGCAUGGAGGUUCUUGCCAGAAUCAAGGCAGUAGUUAUGUUUGCAAAUGUAUAGCCGGGUUUAGUGGAAACCAGUGCCAGAAAGAACAACCAGUCUGUGGAGGAAAUGUCAAUGCUCGUAACGGUACGAUUAAGUUUCCUCCCGAAAAUUACGUUUCUUUAGGAGCGAUAAGCUGUGCUUGGACAAUCAGAACACUGGAUACUUUAACUUUAAAGAUCAAUUUUGUUAAGUUUAACCUACACGAUUCCUGCGAUGUUGACUGGGUUCAGAUUCACGAUGGAAGGAAUACUCUGGCACCAGCUUUCGGUAGAUUCUGUGGAAAAAAUCUGCCAUUAAAUGGUACUAUAACAACAACACAAAAUACCGUAUACAUGUGGUUGAGAUCUUCGAACAAAGGCAACACUCCACAGUUUGAAUUAACAUGGAACUCUUUGUUACCAGUCUGUGUAGAUAUGAUUACUGUGGGAAGUGGAAUGAUUACAUCGCCUGGAUAUCCAGCACCUUAUCCCAAUAAUCGAUUAUGCGUAUGGUCUUUUUCUAUCCCCGUUGACAAAAGAUUACUUUUCCACGUGUAUUCUUUAGAUAUAGGCUCAGACAGUGAUUGUUCUGGAGAUUAUCUUGAAUUUCAAUCGUUCCCGGUGCUUGGAAGGCGAUACAACACAUUUAAAAAACUUUGCAAUUCAACUAUACCCGAACCUUUCCAUUCAGUUUCAGCAACAGGGCAUAUUAUUUUCAAAUCUAACGCAAAGAACCAGCAUUCUGGCUUUCAGAUUGGAUAUUCCCUAGUAGAUGGCAUUCCUGGAUGUGGUGGAGUAUACACAAGCAGAGAUGGAUACAUAAAAUCCAUAGAAAUGAGUGAUUCAAUGCCGAGUGUGCUGACGUGCACCUAUCAAAUAAAAUUUCCUCUGAAUGUUGUGAUAACCGUGGAUAUUCUGGAAAUGAACAUUGAGAAAAUUCCUACAGGUCGAAAUAGUCUUGCGUUUUACCAAGGCACAUCUAAGGAAGAUCUCCUCAUAGGAAAAUAUUUCGGUACAACACUUCCUGGUCCAAUUACAUCCGUAGGGAAUAGUCUUUUGAUUGUUUCACAAUCUGUCAAUAAAUUUCAGCACAAUUGGAAGCUUAAAUAUAAAGCUGAAUGUUUGUUAAAGUUUACAGACCCCAAGAAAGAUAUUCAAUCAAGCAAUUAUUACACUGGCUGGGACGAGUGUACCUACGUGAUAGAACAACCACAAAAUAACAUCAUUAUAUUAAAUUUAGAAUUGUAUAAGAGUCUCAUUUCGCUGCCAGAUUCCUGCAUUCCAAACUAUGUAGAAGUUCGUGAUGGGGAUAAUAGCAAUUCAACGCUUCUUGGAAGGUUUUGCAAGGAAAGCAAGAUUAAAUUGGAAUCUACAACGAAUUAUUUAUGGAUUAAAAUCAAGUCGAAGAUCGCAUAUUUUUCUGCAAAUUAUACCACAAUAAAUACAGGAUGUGGUGGUUUGUUAAAAGAAGAUAGACAGAGUAUCUCCUACCCUCCUAGAGAUACCGAGAAAUAUCUCGCCAACAGUAACUGUAGAUGGGUGAUUGUAGCACCUCCAGGAAAAAUAAUUCAACUAACUUGGCUGACAUUUAGUGUGGAACAAAGCUUCAAUUGCACGUACGACUACGUGAAAAUAUUCGACAACAACACUGACGACGGUAUGGGGGGGUUGAUAGGAAAAUACUGCGGAUCCAAACUACCACCAACUUUACUAUCCACCUCCAACAUCAUGACAGUCGAUUUUGUAGCUGAUACAAGCAUCAACGCUGAAGGAUUUUUAUUAUCUUAUGCAUUCUUAAAGGAAGACAAUAUUUGCGAAGGUAAUUAUUACACUCCUUCUGGUUAUAUUAGAAGUCCUGGUUACCCUAAAGGAUAUCCUGUAAAUAAGGAGUGUGUCUGGACUAUAACCGCCCCUCCAGGAAGUCAAAUUAUGCUGAACGUUUCUAGUUUUCACUUAGAGUUUUAUCCCAAAUGUAAAUACGAUUAUUUAGAGAUCAGAAAUGGAGGAUCUUCCGCUUCGCCGCUUAUAGGAACCUACUGUGGUACAGAAAUUCCAAAAGUGAUCUAUUCCCACACCAACAAGCUUUACCUCAAAUUUAAAUCUGACAUGAGUAAGUCCGAGCCUGGCUUUUUAAUCCGGUGGUCUUCCGCUGCGACAGGAUGCGGAGGAAUGCUGACUGGUCCCUCUGGAUCGAUAAUAUCGCCGCAUUAUCCAGAACCGUACGCGAAAAAUUCCGAAUGCCUUUGGAAAAUCCUCAUCAGUUUGGGAUCAAAGAUCCAAAUAUAUUUCGCCGAUUUCAAUUUGGAGGAGCACUCGAAAUGUUCGAUAGAUUACGUUGAAUUGCUUGACGGUGGUGAUAUAAAUUCGAAAUCUUUGGGACGGUUUUGCACGCCUCAAAUUAAGCCUGUUGUAUCAUCUGGAAACAGGAUGCUUGUAAAAUUUCGAUCUGACAUAAGCUACGAAGGGAGAGGGUUCCAUCUUCAGUACUCCACGGUUUGCACCAACACCGUAACAGGUUUCAGUGGAGUUAUAGAAAGUCCUAACUUCCCCAACGAGUACCCGACCAAUCAGAAUUGCGAAUGGAACAUCAUUGUACCGUCGAAUAACAAAAUUAACAUCACGUUUUCGCAUUUUUCUGUAGAACAACGCAGCACUGCUUGCGAGUUUGAUUAUGUCGAGGUACAAUACAAAGUUUCUGAGUACAAUGGCGGUGACAACACUUUCCAGACUUAUGGAAAGUAUUGCGGGGGAGCGAACCCUGGACUGAUUCCUCUAAAUUCGGAUCAUGCCAAAAUACGUUUCGUCACUGACGACCUGUUGGUAUCCAACGGAUUCAGACUGGAAUGGCAGAUAAAUGGAUGCGGAGGAAUUUUGACAGAAGAUCGAGGUGUUUUAAAGACUCCCAAUUAUCCUAAACCUUACCCUCCCAGCAUUACUUGUAACUGGAUUAUAUCUGUGCCAGCAGGAAAUAGUAUUACACUAGCCAUUUAUACUCUAGACGUAGAAAGAGAUGAUUCUUGUUCAUUCGAUUAUUUAAAGGUAUUCGAUGGUAGAGAUGAAACAGGCAACCUUAUAACAACGCUGUGUCGUAUUAAAGAUAGUAGUACUAUAAGAGUAGACGGGAACAGCAACGAAAUGUUAGUGUCAUUUGUGGCAGAUUAUAAUUAUCAAGGGAAAGGGUUAUAUGCUGCAUACCACACAAAUCAAGCAGAAUGUGGUGGAACAUUACGUCUGGCCUCUGGCUAUAUCUAUUCACCGAAUUACCCCAACAAUUAUAACGAAUCGAAUUCCUGUGAGUGGCUGCUCUCUGCAGAUGAACACCACCGACUUGGUCUUACCUUUGAGGACCUCGAUUUGCCAGAUGAUUGCAAUAAAACAUAUAUAAAGGUUUUCGAUGGACCCAAUCAAGCUUACCCAUUACUAGAAACUAUAUGUGGCUCCUCAAACAUUACAGGAAAAAUUAUAUCAUCUACGUACGACCUGUUGUUUGUGGAGUUCCACAACAAUAACAAGCUUACCAGCAAGGGUUUCAAGGCACAUUAUUACACAGCAUGUGGGGCCACCAUCAAAACUAGUUCCAGUGGUGUUUUGGACCUGGUCUCAGAAUAUGAUUUUCACAAUACCAAUCCAGAAGAGGAUCUAGCUUGCUCGUUUACCAUCCAGUCUACAGUGCUAAGUGGCCAUGUGUCUCUGACAAUAAGCAGGCUUUCAUAUGCCGGAGGUAUUAACUGGUGCAACCCGGACGAAGGGGCGUUUAUUGUUUAUAAUGGCCUGUCCAGCGAUUCUCCAAGACAAGGGAUAUACUGCAUAGACAAACUCCCUCCAACUAUAGUCAGUGAUGGAUCAGCGUUGCAUAUAGUUUUCAAACAAAAAGUCGAUAUCUACGCCACUUAUAGCAUUAUAGAUAGCGAAUGCGGUGGAAAAAUCAGUGCCCUAAAUGGCUUCGUAGCUUCUCCUGGCUGGCCCAACAACUACGCCAGUAAUGCUUCCUGUGACUGGACUAUCUCAAUAGGCCCAGGAAACGUAAUUUCUCUAAAUUUCUUAAACUUCGAUAUACCCGAGAGUGAAUACUGUAACUCAGAUUAUUUGGAGAUCAGAGAGGAAAGUGAAACUGGAAAGUUAAUUGGAGUGUAUUGUGGAAAUACUGUUCCAGCCAACAUCACCUCAACUUCUGGAACAAUGUCUCUCGUUUUUAAAUCUACUACACUAGGAGAUGGUAUCUCCAGUAUUAAAAAAGGGUUCUAUUUCGAAUAUUCGUUCUCAUACAAUAAUGAACUAUCAGGACCAUCUGGUAAAAUAGGUAAUCCACUGUAUCCAUCUUCAUUUAACUCGUACGAGAAAUUUACUUGGUUGAUCAAUACGAAGCCAACGACCAGAAUAGAAAUAAAUUUUGAGGAAUUCUCCUUCGAUUAUGACGAACAGUGUUCAGGAGGGCUUAAGUUUUACGAUGGCAUCAACGAAGAAGCGAUUCUGAUCAAAAAUCUGUGCGGUUACGACUUGCCUCCAACUUUGUUGUCCACCUCAAAUGUUAUUCUCGUCGUAGCAUCCCAUCUGUCUUCUCGUGUAGCCAGUAAAUUCCUCCUCAGAUGGAAGGAGUUGCCUACAAGUUUAAAACUGAAAACUUUAAAUGCUACAGAUUGUCAAUAUAUUCAUCGCAUGGAGAAUGAGACUAAUGUAACUAUUUCUUCUCCGGGAUAUCCAAACAAACUUCCGACAAACCUAAACUGCGAAUGGGUGUUUGAAACUGAUCAAACAUCACACUUUAAAGUGGUGUUUUUGGAUAUCAAUCUGAUCACGUUCACUAGAAGGACUUGCAUGUAUUCCAGCACGAUAAAGUUGCUUGAAAAAUCUCCGCUAACUGGGAAUUUUGAAUUACUGAAAGAAAUAUGUGACAAUACCCAAACAGAGCACACGUUUUACCCCACGAGUGUUAUGAAAAUCACUUUUAAAACGCUUACGUACACUGUAGGGAAAGGGUUUCAGGCUCAAAUAUUUAAAGUGUGUGGAGGAUAUAUUACCCAACCAUCAGGAUACAUUAUUUUCGACAAAGAUCAUAUUCAAGAUACCGAAUGCCAAUGGAACAUAACUGUGCGAUCUGGGCGCACCAUAAAGCUAACCUUCUUAAGUUUUGAUUUAAAUAACAUCGAUUUCAAAUGCAUCAAUAACUUAAUUAUUCGGAACGGCAAAUUUGCUGAUAGUCCCUUUCUUGACAAAGGAAAAUUCUGUAACUCCACUGUACCAUACACGUUGAAUUCAAGCAGUAACCACCUGUACCUUAAAUACUGGGGUUCACCGGAUAUUAAGGGUUUUAAAAUAAAAUAUGAAGAAGUAUCGUUCAAAUGUGGUGGAGAAAUAAGUUUAUCCUCCAUGGACAACUUUACAGAAAUAACAUCUCCUAGAUAUCCGAAUAUUCCGUACCCUCACAGUGAAUGCGUCUGGGUGAUCACUGGAGUACCUGGUGAAACUUUAAGGAUAGAUUUUGAGGAUAGGUUCGAUUUAACUCAAUCAGACGGAUGUAAUACUGAAUACGUUGAACUAAGAGACGGUGGAACAGAAUGGUCAAAAUUGCUUAACAGAUACUGUAUCACUACCCCUGACACAAUUUUCACCACUGGAAACGUAUUAUACAUUAAAUUUUUCACUGAUACUGACGAACCAAGGAAUGGCUUCAAAUUAAAAGUCUCUUUAGGCCGCUGCGGAGGAAUUCUUGAAGGAUAUUCAACUUUAGACUCCAAGACAAUACCCGGUACAGUGGAACUGAACAAAAACUGCACUUGGCACGUACGGAGCUAUGGAGAUUCUUAUUUCGAAGUCAGGUUCAGAAACAUGCAUUUAAACGGAACUUUGCGGUUUUAUGAGAAAACCAUUGGAUCACAAAUUUCAGAUUUAGGAACGUUCAGUGGAUAUAAAACACCAAAUGAUUCAAUUAAAUCAACUACGAACGAGAUUAUACUUGAUUACACCCCCAGACACAGCGACGAUGAAUUUUACAUUUCUUUUUUCGUUAGGAGAGACAGAUGUUUUAAACGUUUGAACGACGAAUCCGGAACAAUAAUAUCUCCAGAAUACCCUUCUUCGAAACCAGCAACUUUCCUCUGCAUUUGGAGAAUUAAAGUACCUCAAGGGAGGAGAAUCACCUUCAAUGUAAAGGAUGUAGACAUCGAUCGUUCAAUGGUCAUACUUUCAAACGGCUGGGCAAGUAGUAUGCCCAUUACAGAAAACAUUCAACCGGACGCUACAUACGAAAGCAGUGAUAAUACAGCUUCGGUUCUUUACUGGAAAAAAGUUCUCACCCCUCAGAGAGGGAUAAAGUUAACUUAUACUUCCGACAAACCAACAAUAUGCCAAGGUAGUUACAACCAAACAGAAGGUACAAUAAUAUCUCCCAACGCAUCAAGUUUCUUAUGCGAGUGGUCUAGAGAUAUUAAAGAACCCAACACGACUGUGGCUGUACAAGUUCAUUUAGAAACAAAUCAGACCAAGCACAGUGAAAACAUUAAUCAGGGAGGAGUAAUAGUUUAUAUUAACAGACGUACUGUACAUCUUGACCGAGAUACUGUUGCAUACGUGAUCAGGUUUCCAUCAAGCGAUUCAAGUAUAGAGGCUCGUAGAUACCUAAAUACCUUCAACAAGUUUAUUAUUAAAUACAAGACUUACCCUUGUGGAGGUUUGAUCAGUGAAGACGAAGGGACAAUUUCUAGUCCUAACUUCCCGAACAGUCCAAACACAAGUUUGGAAUGUGCUUGGAAUUUAGAAAUCAAUUAUGACUACAGAGUGAAAAUAACUGUGAACUCUCUAGAUCUAGGCGAUGAUUGUGACAGUAGUUUUCUUACUAUCUACAAUGGUAAUCGGUUGGAGAGUCCAAGAAUCGGCAAGUUUUGCAGAAAUAACAAACCAUCGGUGCUGAUUACCGAAACAAACGAGGUAUUUAUUGAAUACAGGUACACCCAAGGGCAAGCUAGCAAUUCAAAGGGAUUCAGUUUGUUUUACGAGCCCUAUAUUACGUCUUGUGGAGGUAUAUUUCAUAAACGGGAUACUAUUAUUCGGACACCAAACUACAAAGAUGAUUAUCCCAACAAUAUGGAAUGUAUAUGGGAAAUUAAUGCACCAGAUGGUAACAUCAUAGCGCUAGAAUUUAUUUCUAGAUUCUACGUAGAGGAAAGCAAGAAUUGUACCAAAGAUUACGUUGAAGUUUUCGAUUGGGACGGUGAAAACUGGGUAUCUAAACAGAAGUUAUGUGGUAGGAAAAUACCAGAAGAAAUCAAGGCCUCAGGUAAUCGAAUGCAAGUUAUUUUUAGAAGCGAUGCAAAUGUUACUGCAAUUGGAUUUGAGGCAAUGAUAAAGUGGCAUUGUGGAGGAGAUCUGAUAGCCACUGAAACGAAAAAGUAUCUUACAAGUCCAGAUUAUCCAAAUCUAUAUGAAAGAAACCUCACUUGCAUUUAUACGAUCAAACCCAAAGUCAAGAACAAAGUAAUCAAUAUCCAGUUCUUAGAUUUCGAUCUUCGAGAAGGGACUCCUAUAUGCAGCUAUGACAAUUUAACUAUAUAUACUGUAAAAAAGCCGAAUAUUCGUCAAACUCUUUGUGGAAAAACGCUUCCUAAGAGUCAACGACUGGACAGAGAUGCUGUGAUCACUUUUAAAACAGAACAUUAUGCCUGGAACAACGGAAAAGGUUUUAAAUUAUCUUACGUAUUGGAAAGUUGCGGAGGAAAUAUAACAGAGCCGAUAGCUAUAAAACUACCUACUCAAAACACAGAGGAAUCAAAUUAUUUUCUUUCCUACCAACCCAGACAAAUAUGUUCUUGGUAUAUUACUGCCCCGCCAGAUCAACUUCCAGUUUUUGAGAUACACGAGUUAACACUUCAAGGAGCUUAUUGUUAUAUGUAUUAUCUGAUCAUAUACGAUGGGCUCCAGAAAGUACCAUCAAAACGUCUUCGACAAUUAUGCCAGUCAGCUGAAGAAUCUAUCACUCUCGGCAUGUCCAAAACUAUGCUGGUCAAUUUAGACGUCUCCGCUGAGAUCUUUAAAGGAUUAAAAGCAGAAAUUUACUUUAUUUAUGGUCCAUCAGUAGGAUGUGGUGGUGUGGUAUACCUAAAUGAUACUCAAACAUCAUCCACUAUAACGCCUCCCAACAAUUUGCCAGAUCUUGAUUGUCACUGGAAAAUUAUCGCUCCAAUAGACUACAAGAUUAAAAUCGAAUUCUCAAAUAUAAACAUUAACUCGUACUGUAAUUCUACAAGAAGAAAUUACACCUACUUUUGUACGUGCUCUUUUAUAGAGGUGAAGGAUGGAGGUGGACCACAAGCUGAUCUACUCUCAAAGUUGUGUUCGAGUGACAAUGGUGGUACAAGGACAUUCACAACAUCUUGGAAUACCGGAUAUGUAAGACUAUUCUCUGCUAGUCCUCAAAAAAAUGCCUUCUCACUGACUGUAACCAGCUUUGUUUCACAAUGCGGACCUUCGAUUCUGGUACCUAAAUCUACACCUCAAGUUUUAACAUCUCCAGGUUAUCCCGUCUCUUAUCCUGGCAAUAUAGCCUGUAUAUGGAUAAUUAAAAACACUCUUAUGGGAAAAAUACUGUUGCACUUUGAAGAGUUUGAUUUAGCUGAAGGAGACGGCCAAGAUUCAAACUGUUAUGGGGAUAGAUUCGAGAUUUCAGACGAUCCUAAUAAAAGCAUCAUUAUGGAAGGAUAUGGCCUUAAUUCUAGGAUUCCCCAAUCUAGAGUUACAAGUAUAUAUAGGAAACUAUAUAAUACACACGUUUUUUGUGGCAAAAAUGAAAAACCAUUUGAUUAUUACUCAGCUGGCAAUAAUCUUACUCUCUCAUUUAGAAGUGAUGAAAUUAGCAAAAAGGGGAAAGGUUUUAAAUUAACAUACAGUAAUGAGGGUUGUAAUAGGACCAUUGAAGCAAAUGAAGGAAGAAUUAAAAAUCAAUAUGUAUAUGAAAACUGUUAUAUUACUAUAACUUCAGAUGCAAAUACAACCUUAUCAUUAUAUUUCAUGGUAAUAUACAUAAGCCCUAGUGCAAACUGUAGCCAAUCAAAUAUUGAGGUUAGAGAAAAUAAUGAAAGAGGUUCUCUACUGUUAAGGCACUGUGGCUUUAGCUUACCUAAUCCUGUCUUUUCAAACUCUAAUAAGCUUUAUAUUGCUGUUAAAGGUGCACACAAACAAUUAAAUCAAAGACUGGCAAGACCUCUGCUCUAUAACUAUGACUUCAUUUAUCUAGCAUCACAGGAUGGUAUAGGCUGUGGAGGAAAAAUGUAUAACUAUAUGGGUAAAUUUUCAAGCCCUAUGUACCCAAAUUUAUAUAGGAAAGAAUCUCUAUGCACCUGGAAUGUAAAAGUUCCAAUUGGACAUAAAGUAGCUCUGAAAUUUUCAGUAUUUGAUAUUACUGAUACGUGUGCUAAAAGCAAGGUAGUAGUAGCAACUUAUAAAAACAACCAAGUAACAGAACAUACUUUCUGCCAAAAUGAUACGCCAGCAGUACUAUUUUCUGAUCAUACCAUCAAUGUAACGUAUUAUUCAUCUGUAAAUAAUGGAGGUACUGGAUGGAUGGCAUAUUUCCAAGCGGUUAAAAAAGAAACUAGCUCGUUACUAUGGUACAAUUUCUAGCACCUAAAAAUUAAAUAAUAAAUUUGUACGAAUUUUA